AUAUUGCAAGCAUAGAUUUAGUCAACAACCUAGAAAUGUUGAAAAAACUUAGACGCAAGGUUAGCACAGCCUUCACAAGUGGCCCUAAGAAAGGGUCCAAACCCUAUAAAAACCCACCACCACCAUCACCUGCAUCUCCAUUACCUCUUCCAUUACUGUCAACAAAAACAAAAACAAUGUCUCAUACUAGAAAACAUUCUCCUUUUCUGUUUCCGCAUGUUGAUUCCUCUGUUGUUCCUGAUCCCUCCAAUUUGUUCUCCCCAAACCUUCUCUCAAAUCCACUCCCCACCAACUCUUUCUUCCAAAACUUUACCCAGAAAAAUGGUGAUCAACCCGAGUAUAUUCACCCUUACCUCAUCAAACCCUCAAACUUUUCUCUCUCGCUUUCAUACCCAUCUCGCUUCUUUAACCCCUCCUUCACAUACCAGGUCUUCAACCCUGAUCUCACCAUUUCUUCCUCUCAAAAAUCCCACCUUUCCCAUUUCAACCACACCAUCUCUUCCCACAAUGAUCUCAGUGUCACUUUGGACAUCCCUUCUUCCAAUUUGAGGUUUUUCCUUGUUAGGGGCAGCCCCUUUUUGACAUUCUCUGUGACUCAACCGACCCCUCUUUCCAUCACCACUAUCCACGCCAUUCUCUCCUUUUCCUCCAGUGAUUCCCUAACCAAGCACACUUUUCACCUCAACAAUGGCCAGACUUGGAUUUUGUAUGCUUCUUCGCCGAUUAGGUUGAGUCAUGGGCUUUCUGAGAUCACUUCUGAUGCGUUUUCUGGCAUAAUUAGGAUUGCCCUGUUGCCUGAUUCUGAUUGCAAGCAUGAGGCUGUGCUUGACAGGUUCAGUUCCUGUUACCCUGUUAGUGGUGAGGCUGUGUUUUCCAGGCCAUUUUGUGUGGAGUAUAAGUGGGAGAAGAAAGGGUGGGGUGAUUUGUUGAUGUUGGCUCACCCUCUCCAUCUUCAGCUUUUGGCUGAUGGUGGUUGUGAAGAUGUUAAUGUUUUGAGUGAUUUUAAGUAUGGGAGCAUUGAUGGGGACCUUGUUGGGAUUGUUGGUGAUUCAUGGAGUUUGAAAACUGAUCCUGUUUCUGUGACUUGGCACUCUAUCAGGGGUGUGAGAGAAGAAUCCCGGGAUGAGAUUGUUUCGGCGCUUGUGAAUGAUGUUGAGGGGCUGAAUUCAUCCGCAAUAACAACGAAUUCGUCGUAUUUUUAUGGGAAACUGAUUGCAAGGGCUGCAAGGUUGGCCUUGAUAGCUGAAGAGAUGUGUUUUCUUGAUGUGAUUCCUAAGGUUAGGAAGUAUUUGAAGGAAACCAUUGAGCCGUGGCUGGAGGGGNACCAUAGAAUGGUGAAGAAACCCUAA